AGCCAGCAUGACCGAGCGCCGAGUGCCCUUCUCGCUCCUGCGGAGCCCCAGCUGGGACCCUUUCCGCGACUGGUACCCGGCCCACAGCCGCCUCUUCGACCAGGCCUUCGGGCUGCCCCGGCUGCCCGAGGAGUGGGCGCAGUGGUUCGGCCACAGCGGCUGGCCGGGCUACGUGCGCCCGCUGCCCGCGGCCGCGGUCGAGGGCCCCGCCGCGGUGGCCGCACCCGCCUACAGCCGCGCGCUCAGCCGGCAGCUCAGCAGCGGCGUCUCGGAGAUCCGGCAGACGGCCGACCGCUGGCGUGUGUCCCUGGACGUCAACCACUUCGCCCCCGAGGAGCUGACGGUCAAGACGAAGGAUGGCGUGGUGGAGAUCACCGGCAAACACGAAGAGAGGCAGGACGAGCAUGGCUAUAUCUCCCGAUGCUUCACUCGAAAAUACACGCUGCCCCCUGGUGUGGACCCCACCCUGGUCUCCUCCUCCCUGUCCCCUGAGGGCACGCUGACCGUGGAGGCCCCGAUGCCCAAGCCAGCCACCCAGUCAGCAGAAAUCACUAUCCCUGUCACCUUCGAGGCACGUGCCCAGAUUGGGGGCCCAGAAGCUGGAAAGUCGGAGCAGCCUGGAGCCAAGUAAAG